AUCGUCUCCGCUGCCCUCUCUUUGCGUUAGGCGGCCGACCUGGUAAUUGAGCCAUCCACGUCUCAGAAGACCAAGCCGGACCUGUCCAGCCUCGUGUUCGGCACAGUCUUCACCGACCACAUGCUGACCAUAGAGUGGAGCGCCGCCGGCGGCUGGCAGGAACCGCGUAUCAAACCCUUUGGAAACCUGUCGCUCCACCCGGCCUGCUCAUCCCUGCACUAUGCUGUGGAGUUGUUUGAGGGAAUGAAGGCGUACCGUGGACCUGAUGACAAAGUGCGUCUCUUCAGACCAAUGCUCAACAUGAACCGCAUGGCCAAGUCUGCUGAAAGAGCCUGCCUGCCUGCCUUCGAUCAGUCAGAGUUGCUGGAGUGUAUCAGACGGCUGGUGGAGAUAGAGCAGGACUGGGUUCCUCUAUCUGACUCGGCCAGCCUCUACAUCAGGCCAACCUUCCUGGGCACAGAGCCAAGUCUGGGUGUGAAGAGGCCAUCCCAUGCCCUGCUGUAUGUGAUCCUGAGUCCAGUGGGCUCCUAUUUCAGCACUGGGGCAAAGCCUGUGUCACUAUGGGCCGAACCCAAGUACAUACGGGCCUGGAAGGGAGGAACCGGAGACUGCAAAAUGGGAGGGAACUAUGGAGCAUCCCUCCGUGCCCAGUACGAAGCAAUGGAUUAUGGGUGUCAGCAGGUGUUGUGGCUGUACGGAGAGGACCACCAGAUCACCGAGGUUGGAACCAUGAAUUUCUUCCUGUAUUGGACCAAUGAGAACGGAGAGGAGGAGCUGGCAACCCCUCCUCUGGACGGCAUUAUUCUCCCGGGCGUCACCCGGCAGAGCAUCCUGGAACUCACCAGGAAAUGGGGCGAGUUUAAGGUGACGGAGCGCCACCUGACCAUGGGACAGCUUUGCCGAGCAUUGGAAGAGCAACGCGUCAAAGAAAUGUUUGGCUCUGGCACCGCCUGCGUGGUCAGCCGGGUGGGACACAUCCUGUACCAGGGAGAGAACUUGCACAUCCCCUGUCAAAACAAUAGUGCACAGCUGGCCCCACGACUGAUCAAGGAGCUCACAGAUAUACAGUACCGGAUGCAACCCUGA